CUCAAUUUGGAGAAAGUCGAAUCUCUCCUCAAGCUCAACUUUGCGACCUCUUCUCACCUACGUCUUGCUUCCUUUGUGUUGCAAAGUCUCCGGUCGCUCACAAUGGCCUACAUGGCAAUGUCCCUCCAUGCGGUCAACCACCGUUUGACCAACAUCCCCGUCAAGCAAUUACCUCCUCUCGCUUCAAGCCUCGCAGCGUCGCUGAGCAAUUGCGGGGAGCUUUUGUCCACUCCGCAGAGCCAGAAAUCCAAGUCGGAAUCGGACAAUGCGGUCCAGGUUCACAAGCUUAUGACACGCCUGACCAGUCUGCUGCAGGAUCGGACCGUUGAAGGACGCUGGACAGCGGUGGUUCUUGUCAAAGCUCUGGUGGAAGCUGGUCAAUGGGAAAUUCUUCGUGGAAGCGAACCGUUUGUCCGCGGUCUUAUGGGGAUUUUGGCUAAACCCGACCCUGUUGCUACUAAGAAAAUGUCCAUCAUCACCUUGACAAGGAUCUUUCAUCUGACUUAUCAAUACCCAACCCUCGUUCGCGAGAUCACCACGCCGUCCCUGCCAGGUUUCAUUACCGCUGCUUUGAACUUGAUCUCCAUUAAGCCAUCCUCGGAGCCUGUCCGGAAGUUGAAGCAAAAUGCUCCCCUCGUGGACGUUGUUCUCAAUGCAUUCGCGGAGCUGAUAGCAAGACAUCCGACAACCUUCCGACCCUUCACCGGGCAGAUUCACAGUGUCCUCCAGGCUAUCAUUGGCUCCACUGAGCCCACAUACCCUGAACCCAUUCUGGAAAUUGCGCAGCAGCUGUUUGUCUCUUUGCAUAACUGCGCACCCAAGAACACCUCUGGUGAAGAAUGGAAAAACGCAUGCCGGAUGACCAUCUCGUCUAUCCAUGCUACGUCCUCUUAUGUCUUGAGAGCAGUCGUCGAACAGUGGGAGUCGGUCGAUCCAUCAUUGCGUCAACUAUCCCUGCCGCAGAAUUAUAGCCAGGAGGUAGGGAAUGGUCCUGACGCAUUGGGCCUCGGUAGCUGGCAGGGCCUGCCUGCUGGUGUGAAUCGGCUCGUCGUGCUGCUGCGCAUGCUCUCUAAGUUCCUGAAAACUGCCACGGCGUCCUCUGUAGUUGUCCCGCUGGGUUCAAUCUUGGAUCUCUCUGCACGUCUCAAUAUGGUGACGUACCCGUCUGAUGGCGAUAUCCAAGCCAAUCCGCAAAUUGGCCGAGCUGAAAGGGAGCACCUGCUCACAGAGCUGCCUCGGAUUCAUGUCGCUUCUCUCAGGCUACUUGUUGAUCUUGUCAAGGCCUUCGAUGACGCAAUCCUUCCUGUUGCCCAGACCAUCCUCGAGCAAGCUCUUUGGGUGUUCCGUGCUGAAAAGUUCAGUCGUGAAGUUCGUGCUGCCGUUUAUGAUCUUGUGCGCGUGUUGCUCAUCCAUAUGGGCCCAUGCAUGACCAAGCAAGGUGUCUCGUCCCUGACUGCAGUGCUUCGAUCUUGCUGUCAUGACUUGCUACCCCCUUCGAAUAACCAGACCGCAGCUGCCGAAAAGCCUGACCCCAAGUCGAAGUCGAAAUCCAGCCAGACAACUGUAAACGCGGAUUCUUUCUUGAACCCCGGACUGAAGCCUGGUCGUCAGCUGAGCAGCUCUCCAUCUUUUACAGACCUUAAGCGAGCCGCUUCCGAACUUCUCGUGGCGACCCUGUCGCACGCUCCGACCGAGCUCAUCACCCCGGCCUUGCGCGCCGAGAUUGACCGGACCAUUAUCAUGACCUCCGACAAGAAUGCCAUGUUAGCGAGUGUCCUGAACCCCUUCACUAACAUGCAGGGCCGUGGCGUGAGCACCAGUAUCAUGCCUUUCGUGGCGCGUAGCUAUCCCGCUGAAAUGGAAGUGGAAGCUCUCAUCCGCCCGCGUAUGCCCGUCUUGAUCAACGGUCCUGGAGCCAAUGGUUAUAGCGCAACCGAUGAUGACGACGAGGAGGCGGAGGAGAAGACCGAAGCUAUGCUCGCGCCCGAGCCAUCCACUGAAGCGAGCGGCUUCCUCAAGCCCUCUAGCACACCCAGUCUUCACCAGGAUAUGAUGGACGUUGAGAUGACCCCUGCGACCAGCAGCCCUCCCUUGAACAAGCGAAGCUAUGCACAGGAAGUCGAGGCGCAGAACCCAGCACACUUCGUCACAACGGAAGGCGCGCAGAGCAAAAAGGUUCGAGUUGAGCCUCUAGAGACCACCAAGACUCCCGCUCAACCUUCGCUCGGUGCAGCUUCGCCUGCUACGUUCACGGGCACUGCUGCUAUCUCUGUUCCCUCUUCUUCUAUAACAGCAACAGCUGCUCCCCAACCGGUCGCUCCGAUGACAACGUCUCAGCCGCGUGCUGUUGCGGCUGCAGCCCAGACAACGGGUGACGACGAUGAUGAUGAUGAUGAAAGUGACGAUGAAAUGCCCAUACUGAACAUUGAUCCGGACACGGAUGACGAGGAGGAGGAUGAGUAGACCUUGCGCGCGGAGAUGUGGAAACUCGGUCACUGUCAGCU